UCCAACUCCAACUGUAUGGCGUUCGUGAAUGUGGCGAGUUUUAGUGAGCAAAAGUUCGUUACCUCGCUGAAAUCGGUUCAUGUCAGGGUUGGUCUCAUGGCCGACCUAAACUGUCCGGGUAUGAACAGUGUGCUGCCGAUACUUUCCAAACGAGGUCUUUUCAAUGGGGAACGUUACCGUUGGUUUUUGUACGGGUUGCGUGCACUUGAGGAAAACAGGACGUUUCUUCAAAGGCUCAAUAUAACCGUUUCCUCCAAUGUACUAAUGUUUCUGCCGCGUGAGGUGGACUAUGCGAUUCUUGACGUUUGCGGACAGUGGAGGUUGAAUGGUUGGUAUGUAAGCUUUCUGCAAAUUGGCAGCUGGAGCUUGAGCACGGGUUUGUUGGUGUGGAAUAACGGAAGCAUGUACGAACGGCGGCUGCUCCUGUCUGGGAUGCAAUUAUCAGGAAUAAGUAGGGCUAGAACAAUGGAAAGAAGUUCGUCGGAUGGUGGAAUGCAGGAUGAACGAGCCUAUGGAUUACGGCUUUGGAAUGUUUUAUCCAAGUGGCACAUCAUCGGCAUUACGGAAAAUCUAACUGUGGGAUACGAUGCUCCAAUGGCGGACUUUAUCCUUGAACCGGUUAGGAUUAAACAGACAGACAUCCACCAACUUGACUACACGGCAGCAGUGCAAGAUACACAAACGAUUCUUCUCUUUUUACACCCAAACGUUGACAGCUUGAAUAACUCAUUUUUGCGUCCCUUUCGUCCCUUAACAAGGUUGGCGAUAGGGGCACUGCUUAUUGUAUUCAAGCUGCUGAUGUACAAAGCGUUUAAGUUCGAGCAAGACCUGGAUAUACAACAGGACAGAGAAAAUGGCUUUUUGGUGCUUGUGCUGGGGAUACUUUGUCAGCAAGGUUUCAUCGAGAGCAGUAGAACGUACGCGAGUCGACUGACGUUGUUCAGUAUGUGCAUCUUUAGUAUGCUGUUGUAUCAGUUCUAUCUGACGUAUAUCGUUAGUCUGUUGUUGGUCGUGCCACCGAAAAACAUCCAAACGCUCAAGCAAUUGGUGCAAUACGAGUUUGGUGUUGCACUGGAAAAUGUACCCGAAACGAUGGAGUUCCUUAAUGACACGGAGGACAAAUCUUUACUGACGUUGGUUCAAACGCAGCUGGCUAGAACCGGCAAAGUUUACCUUGACGUAGAGGAAGGAAUCUCGGCCAUUCAACGUGGAAGAAGUGCUUUCGUUUGCGAUGCUUAUCGUGCUUAUCAACUGAUACGGUACCAUCUCACUGAUGAGCAACGUUGCGCCCUACAGGAAAUUCCACUGACGGGUAAAACAUCCAAACACCUGGCACUGAAGAAAGAUCACCCUUUGGAGGAACAGUUUCGUAUCACGGUGCAGAAGAUCAUCGGAACCAGUAUCGUACAGUAUGAGCGAAGCCUUUGUUACGCCGACAAGCCAAGGUGUGCCGAAAAUGAGGUUAAAAUGCCAGAGGUUAGCCUAGAUCAGGUGUCCUCGGUGCUGGUACUGCUCGGUGGCACCAUCAUCGGAAGUAUCGCUAUUCUACUGUUUGAAAUCACUGUCAGCAAGGUUUUGCGGGUGCGACACUGAGCUG